UACGUGACGUCUUCGAAAAUAUGGCAGCGCCCAGUGUGAGUGGUCUGAGCGGUAUGAGCGGCGUGAAAGUGUGAGAUCUGAGAGGCUGAGAGACCUCGGUCACCUCGGCCUCGGUGCCUCGGUCGGAGUGGGUCGGAAAUGCGCGGGUAGUCUGAUCCACAGCGGUCGGAUCUGAAUAUGUAUGACUGGGAUUAAGCUCAUGAAAUAGCGAGAUUUUUUCACGCCUUUCGCUCGAGAUCAGACAUAAUUUGUCGCUGCUGCCGUGCUCCAAGUGGAUCAAAUCACGAACUUCUCUUCGGAUAUCGCUACGACAAAGGUCACAAGAAGCAUGGGUCCCCGAAUUGCAGUUUUGGGAGCUGGUAUUGUUGGACUCUCGACUGCCCUGUGUCUGCAGGAAACCAUCCCAAAGGUUUCUGUGACUGUGAUUGCCGACCAGUUCAUUGAAGACACGCUGAGCUUCGGAGCUGGCGGUUUCUUCCGUCCUGAUCUGAACAUUGGACCGACUUAUGACGUGACCAGGCGAUGGUACCGUGAAACUUUCAUGCACUAUGAGCGACUGCUAAAGGACAACCUUGGUGAAGCAGCUGGGAUCAAACGGCUUUCUGGUUUUGCGCUGAGUUCCAUCAGUUCCGACGUGCUAACGAAUGAGCUGAUGAAAGAACUCUGCAAUGAUUUAAGAGCUCUCUCACCGGAAGAAAUGACCAGGUUUCCAGAAAAGUACAAGUUUGGUAUCUUCUACUCAAGCAUCUUAGCUGAUCCUAGGAAAUACUUACAAUGGCUGACAGACCGGAUAACUGAGAGUGGUGGGCAUUUCACAAAGAAGAUGGUUCAGAGUCUCCAAGAAGUUGGAAAGGAAUUUGACAUUGUGGUGAACUGCACAGGCCUUAGAGCUAAGAAGCUUACUGAGGAUUUCUUGCUUACCCCCAUCAGAGGACAAGCAAUCAAGAUACAUGCCCCCUGGGUGACUCAGUUCUUCUAUGCUGAUGGAUGUUAUGUACUCCCAGGGACAGAGUAUGUUACCUUAGGUGGCAUCAAGCAGUUUGGGGACUGGAACAUGCAAGUGUCACAGCACGAUCGGAAAUACAUCUGGGAGAACUGUGUCAGUGUUGUUCCAAGCCUAAAGGAUGGCAAGGUGGUUCAGGACUGGGUUGGUCUGAGGCCAUUUCGUCAGCCCAUCAGAGUCGAGGCAGAGCUGCUAGGCUUUGCUCCGAACCAAUGCAAGGUGGUUCACAACUAUGGUCACGGCGCACAUGGCGUCAACACUUCGUGGGGUACUGCUAUGGAUGCCACACACCUAGUUGAAAGCCUACUCCAGGACAGUUUGACUGCACCUGUGGCUAAACUGUGAAGCAUGAACUCGGGAAAUCUUUGGGUUAGGUUUCUGAUUCUAGGACAAGAAUGUGGGAAUUGAUUUCUUCAUCGUUCUUGUGUGUAGAAAUGAGGGAGAAAAAAAUAGACAACAUUGAAAUUCUUGUUUUAGUGUGGGAAAAUUUACCAACAUGUGGCAGAAGCCUGUUUCCUGUUUGGAAGCUGUACCCUGAAUACAAUAAACUGGCUUUUGUACAAGA